AUGAGUAGCCCCGGUCAGUUGCAAGAUUCGCCUGGCCCCGCGGCCGACAACAACAGCAGCAUCCAAAAAGGCGCUGCGAACACGACGCCCAAAAAUGCCGCCCAAAAGCAAAAACAGCCCCAGGCGCCAAAAGCAGCAGAUGCGGCGCCCGCUGACGGAUCCUCGGAGAAGCUCUCGCCUGCCGAGCUGAAGAAGAGAGCCAAGGCUGAAAAGGCGGCUCGGAGAGCGCGCGAAAAGUCAGAGAGGGAAGCUGCCGCAGGAGGAAGUGGUGGAGGAGGUGCCCAACAACAUCCUGCUCAGGGAGGCCCGAUGCAGACACCGAGAAAAGCACAACCGGUGGGCAGAGACGGCCCUGCGUCGACUUCGAGGGGCGGGGCAAGGCAUCUAGGAGGGACUCGCGCGGCAGCACCGGCACCAGCCGAGGCGAAAAAGAAGGAAGAUAAGAAUGUUGCGGUCUUUGGACAUCUUUACGGGAUUCAAAGGCGCUCCACGAUUGCAGGAGCAGCAAAGGAAGUGCACCCCGCUGUUCUGGCUCUGGGCUUGCAGAUACGAGACUAUGUUAUUUGCGGCAGCAGUGCACGAUGUGUUGCGACUCUCAUUGCCUUUAAAAGAGUUAUCGAAUCCUACACAACACCUAUCGGGACUUCGCUCGCUCGUCAUUUAACCACCCAUCUUUCUCACCAAAUAACGUACCUUUCUACUUGCCGUUCCCUAUCCAUCAGUCAAGGAAACGCUAUUCGUGCUCUCAAAUUGUCUAUCUCAUCCAUAGAUCCGUCCGUUCCUGAAGCCACGGCCAAAGCUGACUUGUGCGAAUUUAUCGACAAUUUCAUUCGAGAGAAGAUCACGGUUGCCGACCAAGUGAUUGCCAGCAGUGCAGCACAGAAGAUCCAGGACGGCGAUGUCAUUGUCACGUUUGCCGGGAGCUCCAUCGUGAAACAGACCCUUAUCACUGCACACAAACAAGGAAAGAAAUUCCGGGUAUCAAUCAUUGACUCCCGGCCCUUGUUCGAAGGCAAAAAUCUUGCCCGUGCCCUGUCGAAUGUAGGUCUGGAGGUUCAAUAUUCUCUCAUACACGGCAUCAGCCAUGCCGUGAAAGACGCAACCAAGGUCUUCCUCGGAGCUCAUGCCAUGACUGGCAACGGACGGCUGUACUCGCGAGUUGGCACCGCGCUAGUGGCGAUGUCCGCAAAAGAACAGUCUGGCGGCGCCGACAUUCCUGUUAUCGUAUGUUGUGAAACGGUCAAGUUCACCGACCGAGUCGCUCUUGACAGUAUUGUUGUCAAUGAAAUCGCAGAUGCCGAUGAGCUGGUCACGAAGAAGCCCCUGCAGCAAGUCACAGGUCUGCCUGACCCAAAUAGCACAUCGAAUGAAAAGACGAGCAAGAAGGGAGGCAAUCAGAACAUCAGUGAAGAAAUGGCGAGUCUGAGCUUGGAUCAGAGCGCACCAUCUCCGCUGGCCGGUUGGAAGGAUACACCGAAUCUGCAGCUUCUCAAUAUCAUGCACGACGUGACGCCUGCCGAGUACGUUGAUAUGGUGGUGACUGAGAUGGGCAGCCUGCCACCCAGCGCUGUUCCGAUUGUUCAUCGCAUGAUUACUACUCUGGAACAAGCGCUAUACCUGCAGUAUUGUGGACGAAGCAGACGGAUCAUUUUGGAUUGCAACGGAGAAAGUCUGGUAAACAAAGCAUUCAUCCACGAUGGUGACUCUACCUUUCCCCUUACACUAUAUAAUGUCACUAACCCUGCUUCAAUCAAUCCCAAGUCCAAAGACUCCUCCUCGACGUACCUGCAUAUGCACCACCCGCGUCUUGCAGACUACUUUGAAGACUUCACCCGACCACACACAUCCCUCUACGCCAACCUCGCUGCCGCCCAGCAACAGCAACAAGUCGGAAGCGGCAGCACGGGUCCAGGCGGCGCAACAGUCACGUACGGAGCCACAAACAGCCCUUCAAGCAUAGUGCCCUCGUUCUUACCCGUUGAGGAAAUCUACCUACCGCCGCAUUACCAACCAAUUAAUCCGGAGGACGAGGAUGACGUGGUGCCUGAUCAACAUGCCGCGUUUGGGAUUGCGAGAGCUAUGGAUGCUGCGGGGCGGAGGUCGGAGCCGAUCUGGCGCGAUCUCGGGUUGCAGGAGUUGGUGAGAGGGGAGAGGCCGGGGUUGCAGGGUGCGACGACGAGUGCGGUGGCUGCUGCAUCUGGUGUCGCUGCUGCUGCUGGGUCUUCGGGGUCUCAUGCUGCGUCUGCGGCGGCUGGCUUGAGGGUGAAGGAGUCGGGGGCUCUGAUGGGUGGAAGAAGAGUUAUGUGCUUGCGUUGA